CUGCUGUAGGGUGUCCAUGGCCCACACCCCCAAGCUGCCACUGCAGCAUUCAGAGUGGCAGCCUCUAGCUCAGUCCAUGCAGUGCCACCUGGGUGGUGCCGGCCAGGCUGAACAAGAGGUCCCCCGCAGCCUGACAUCCAGGAAAUCAGAGACGGAGUCUCCCUAGGGGGCAGAGGACCAUGUUGCGCCGUAAGCCCUCCAAUGCCAACGAGAAGGAACCCACGCAGAAGAAAAAGCUUUCACUACAGCGCUCCAGCAGCUUCAAGGACUUUGCCAAAUCCAAGCCCAGCUCCCCUGUGGUGAGCGAGAAGGAAUUUAAUCUGGAUGAUAAUAUUCCAGAAGAUGACUCAGGUGUCCCUACCACGGAAGAUGCUGGGAAGAGCAGCAAAAAGCUGGGGAAGAAAUGGAGGGCCGUGAUUUCCCGGACCAUGAACAGGAAGAUGGGCAAGAUGAUGGUGAAGGCCUUGUCAGAGGAGAUGGGAGACACACCAGAGGAGGGCUCAGCCUCCCCGACAUCACCAGACUACAGACUAGACAGUCCAGGCCCUGACAAGAUGGCGCUGGCCUUCUCUGAGCAGGAUGAGCAUGAGCUCCCAGCCUUUAGCCGCCAGACCUCCACUGGUAGUGAGCUGUGUAGCCCCAGCCCAGGCUCGGGCAGCCUUGGGGAGGAAGCACCUGCUCCCCAGUACACAGGGCCCUUUUGUGGCAGGGCGCGAGUCCACACCGACUUCACCCCCAGCCCCUAUGACCGUGACUCUCUGAAACUGCAGAAAGGAGAUGUGAUCCAGAUCAUUGAAAAGCCCCCAGUGGGGACGUGGCUAGGCCUGCUCAAUGGCAAGCUGGGCUCUUUCAAGUUUAUCUACGUGGACGUGCUGCCAGAGGAGGCCACCGGGCCUGCCCGGCCCAGUCGCCGCCAGAGCAAGGGCAAGCGGCCCAAGCCCAAGACACUGCACGAGCUGCUGGAGCGCAUCGGCCUAGAGGAGCACACAUCCACUCUGCUGCUCAAUGGCUACCAGACACUGGAAGACUUCAAGGAACUUCGGGAGACGCACCUCAACGAGCUAAACAUCACCGACCCUCAGCACCGCGCCAAGCUGCUCACAGCUGCUGAGCUGCUACUGGAUUAUGACACUGGCAGUGAGGAGGCGGAGGAGGGUGCAGAGAGCAGCCAGGAGCCUCCUGCACACACAGUGUCAGAGCCCAAGGUCGACAUCCCCCGAGACUCCGGCUGCUUCGAGGGCUCAGAGAGCGGGCGCGACGAGGCAGAGCUGGCAGGCGCAGAGGAGCAGCUGCAGGGCCUCUCCCUGGCUGGGGCGCCUUGAAGCUGGAGCCGAGCAGCACAGUCUACAGCGGGGACAGGCCCAGAGAACUCACCCUGCUCCCCAAGGGUAUCCCUCAAUACAGGCUGGAGUGGACAAGGAGCCACCAAGGGCACAGCCCACCUGCCCGCCUUGCCCUCCACUGAUGGCACCCCCUGUUGGCCACAAUGACAGCAAGUGGAGCACCACAGGGCCACCUCACCUAUGCCCUUCACCACUGUAGCCCCCCUAAGCCCUUCUUGCAUCCAUGCCACCUGCCCCUGUCAUGCUGCUCCUGAAAAGGGGGGUGGGUCAGCUCUUAGGGUCACCCUCAAAACCCCAAGGAAGGCAGCUCCCUGGUCCUAGAUUCAAUCCCAGGCACCACCUAUACCAGAACAGAGCAUUGCUCUGGUUGAAAAGCAAAAAACAAAAUAUUGAGGGUGGGGGAGACAGACAGCAUAAUGGUCCUGUGAAAAGACUUUCAUGCCAGAAGCUCCAAAGUUCCAGGUUCAAUCUACCAGCACCACCAUGAACCAGAGCUGAGCAGUGCCCUAGUCUCUCUUUCUCUGUAUCUUUCUCUCUGCAUCUCUCUCAUACUCGUUAAAACAAAACAAUGAACAUUGUAUAAGAAAAACCCCAAAAUAUUAAUAUGUCCCUAGUACAUUAACAGGAAAAAAAAAGGCAGAGAGGGUGAAGAAAGAAAGAAAGGAAGAGAGAAAGAAAGAAAGAAAGAAAGAAAGAAAGAAAGAAAGAAAGAAAGAAAGAAAGAAAGAAAGAAAGAGAAUGGUCACAGAAUGUCAACUCUAAUACUUUCUGGCAUUCCAUGUUUGCUCUCCUGUUGUUGGUGGUCCAGGACACCAGUGAGGUUCACAGAGGGGACUGGCAGGAUCUUAGCUUCCCAGUGAAAUGGUUCUUCCUGCUCACUCAUUCCAUACCUCCCUACAUAGCUCAGGCCAACUUUCAGCUUUGAACAGUGCCCAUACCUCAUACAAUCCACACACUGCCCUACCGUUCCACAACCCCUCCACUUCCACCAAAGCCCACAGGCAGAUUAAGUCCAAGCACAGACUUAGCCUCAUAUGUUAGUCCUUACAAGCAAAGAAACCAUGCUACUGGGAAUCCACUACCUCAACUUUCCUUUGCUAAAGGUUUUGAUGUAUCUUGAUUCCCAGAAAGGAGGGAGAGUAUUUUUUUUGGGUGGGGGAGCAGACUUCCUUUGACCUCAGUGACAAAUCUGUACCCCAAAUUCCCAGAGAACCCUUCUGUGAGGCCCCUUUGGCCUGGAGACACAGUUCCUACCAUGUCUAGGUCUGCCUGCUUAGUGGACACAAUUCUGGACCUGCUACAAGGAAAUUUGGUAAAAACUAGCUUUGGGGAAGGGUUUGAGUGUAAAUAUGGGAAGGGGCCAGAAAGAUAAAGGUUGGCAGCAAUAAACAUUUGAACUUGAA